AUAUCCUCUAAAACUACCCUUAAUCAAACCCGGUCAAAACUCUAGUGGUCAAUAGGGCUGACCCGGCAUUUCAGACGCUGACUUGGGGGCAUUCCUGGAGAAGAAAAUUUCCGCGAAAUUUUUAUAGAAAGGGGCUAUGCUAAAAUUUACGGAACAAAUUCGUCUGGAGCAGUAAGGACCUGAAAAUCCGACGGCUGUCAAUUGCUCGGUUUGAUUUGGGAAUGUCUGGGGACUAUCAAAUUCCUGAAACGAAGAAGGCGCGAGUGAAAUGGGAUGAAGCUAAUCUGGGGGAAAUCGAGGCGAAUAAACCUGUAAGGCAGAAAAUAACUGAACCAAAGACGCCAUAUCAUCCCAUGAUUGAUGACGAUGGCUCAUUAUCUCCUAUUAGGGUAAGUUUUGGGGACAGCUUUGGAGAUUCAACGCAUGCAGAUGCUAUACGUUCGGCAUUGAAUGAUGUGGCUUCCUCAAGCAAAAAUAACCCUCGUUCCUCAGGCUGGACAUCAUCCGAAGAAGAGGAUGCAAUGGAUCAAGAAGAAGCAGUUCUAUCAGAUUCUAAUUCCGAGAGGCAAAGGAGCUUCAGGGAGCACCGUACGGCUCAUUAUGACGAGUUUCGUCAAGUUAAAGAACAUCGUAGAAAGGGCUCUUUCGUUGAAGAUGAGCUUGAGGACUGGGCUGAGGACAAAAGGUGCGAUUCAUCUUCUUCUUUGACUGAUGGGGUUAAAGACAUUGAAAUUGAGGAAUCAACGCGGCCAGCCAAUGGAUUUUAAAUCCAAUUACAAAAAAUAAAUAUAUAAAUAAAUAAAAUAAAUUGUACCUGUGUCGUUUUCAUUAUGUGGUUUUGUUGCUAUAUGCUGGUGGUGGUAUGAGAGGACUUGAACUUUUGCGCUUUUUUGACAUUCAGCUUUGCAACAUGUACAUAGCAGUUUAAGUAUGCAACACAGGGUUCAUUAUUUCUUUCUGGAAAGAUAUAUCCUCUCUUAAGUCUC